AUGCCUCUCGUCACAAUGGAAAUGAACAUGAACAAUGCCUUAAAAAAAUACGAAAUUUCUCCUGAUAGUAAUGUAGUCUAUCCUUCUGGUCAAGAAGCUACCAUGGGUAACUUUAUCAAGCCUUCUGAUUCUUCUGAAGAACCCAAUAUUACAUUUGUUGCUCCCGAGAAAGAAGCUCAAUAUACAUUGAUGCUGGUUGAUCCUGAUGCUCCUUCUAAAGAAGACCCUAAAUGGGGUCCUUAUCGUCACUGGGUCAUUGCAAACAUAACUGCUUCUGGUGAACUCACAAAUGCUAAUGAAUUAGCUGCUUACCAAGGACCUGCUCCCCCACCCAAGACAAAGGAUCAUCGUUAUAUUUUCAUGUUGUUCAAGCAGCCUGAACUUAACACUUCCUUCACUGCUCUUUCUAAAGAAUCCAACAAUUGGGAUUUCAAGAACUUUAUCCAACAAAACAAUCUCGAACUUAUUGGUGUUAAUUUCUUUAUUUCUCGUAAUGAUGAUAAUUAA